AGAUCCAACGGCCAUAGUUGCGUUUAGAACCACAGAACAUGGCAGCGGGAACAAGAGCUGAAGUAAGAGAGAGAGAGAGAGAGAGAGAUGGGUUGGUGAAGGUUUUCAAGAAGAUGGAACGAAGUGGUGGGAUGGUAACAGGGUCGCAUGAAAGGAAUGAACUUGUUAGAGUUAGACAUGGUUCCGAUAGUGGGUCUAAACCCUUGAAGAAUUUAAAUGGUAAGAUUUGUCAAAUAUGUGGUGAUACCAUUGGAUUAACGGCUACUGGUGAUGUCUUUGUUGCUUGUCACGAGUGUGGCUUCCCACUUUGUCAUUCUUGUUACGAGUAUGAGCUGAAAAAUGUGAGCCAAUCUUGUCCCCAGUGCAAGACUAGAUUCACAAGUCAGCAAGAGGGCGCUGGAGUGGAAGGUGAUGAUGAUGAUGAAGAAGAUGCUGAUGAUCUAGAUAAUGAGAUCAACUAUGGCCAAGAAAACAAUUCCAAGGCAGGGAUGCAAUGGGAAGAAGAUGCUGACUUCUCUUCAUCUUCUGGACAUGAUUCUCAAAUACCAAAUCCCCAUCUACCAAACGGGCAACCGAUGUCUGGUGAUAUUCCAUGUGCUACUUCUGAGGCUCAAUCUAUGCAAACUACAUCAGGUCCUAUGGCUACAACAAAGCAACCGGGUCCUGAAAGUGACGAAGAGAUAAGGAGAGUGCCGGAGAUUGGAGGUGAAAGUGCUGGAACUGCAGCUUCUCGGCCGGAUGGUGGUUCAAAUGCCGGUGCAGAACGUGCUCAGGGGACCGGAGAGGGUCAGAAGAAGAGAGGGAGAAGUCCAGCUGAUAAAGAAAGCAAGCGGCUUAAGAGGCUAUUGAGGAACAGAGUUUCGGCUCAACAAGCAAGGGAGAGGAAGAAGGCUUACUUGAUUGAUUUGGAAACAAGAGUCAAAGACUUGGAGAAGAAGAAUUCAGAGCUCAAGGAAAGACUUUCUACUUUGCAGAAUGAGAACCAAAUGCUUAGACAAAUAUUGAAGAAUACAACAGCAAGCAGAAGAGGGAGCAAUAGUGGUACCAAUAAUGCUGAAUGAACAUAAUGGCAAACGAUGACAGAAAAUUUAUAGCUGGAGUAGAUUUAGAGAGAGUAUAUUAGCAAGAAAAAGAGUAUAUUAGCAAGAAAGAGCAAAAAGAAGUAAUUAAACAUUAGUUUUGAUGAUUCUUUUCUAGGUGUGCUUUUGGAAUACAGUGAAGUAAAGGAUGAUCCUCAAGACAUGUUUUAUCCUAAAAUAUUGUAAUCUGAUGUUCCACUGUUUAUGAGUAAUGUAAUUAUCAUACAAAAAAUUUUAGUC